CCACGGUUUUGACAUCUUGACUAAUAACCUUACAUUUAAGGAGAGUUGCAAAUAUUAAUUAAUCCAAAACAUAAACUUUUAGAAUAAAAAUUGACUGGUUUUUCAGUAGUUUUUAAAUAAAAUAUAAAAAAUGGGAGAAAGAAAAGGAACAAAUAAAUAUUAUCCACCUGACUACGAUCCUAGUAAAGGGGGCCUUAACAAAUGGCAAGGAACUCAUGCUUUGCGAGAAAGAGCUCGCAAAAUUCAUUUAGGCGUAAUCAUAAUUCGUUUUGAAAUGCCUUAUAAUAUAUGGUGCGAGGGCUGCAACAAUCAUAUAGGUAUGGGGGUGAGAUACAACGCCGAGAAGAAGAAAGUAGGAAUGUAUUAUACUACCCCCAUAUACGAAUUCAAGAUGAAGUGCCACCUUUGUGAAAACCAUUUCAUCAUAAAAACCGAUCCAGCUGUGCUAGAAGACAAGAAAAUAGGUGGGAUCCAACAAAAAAUGAACAGGUUGUGCCAGAAACAAAGGAAGUUCAAAAAAAACUUUAUGAUGAUUCCAUGUUUAAAUUAG